AUGAAGAAGUAUUUCAGAGAUCAAUUUAGCUGGAAUAGAUUUAAACUGGAGCACGAGGAAGCAUGGGAUUUCUAUUUGUGUUGUUGGCAGAGGAAUCGGUCGCCGCUGCCUCUACUGCUAGUGAGGUUGAUCGUGUUCUUGGGAUGUCUGAGUAUCCUGGUGACAUCUAUGGUUAUGACGGGACAAUUAGUGAAUGUCGGUUACUGGUUUAUUUACAUGACGCAUUGGGGACUAAUUCUUAUCACAGUGACUGCUGGACUCGCAUUUGUGGUAUCAGCUAGAGCGUAUUUCCGUGGACCUAUUGACUCCACCUUCGGUGUGCCAUGGUACUUGAAAUCCUACUGGGCGGCCUAUAAUGUUACCCUUCCUACCGCAUUCUUCAUUACUAUUUUCUACUACAUUCUACUAACAGAUCUCGGUGAACAGUACUCUGUAGACCCGGUGCUGGACUUGUUCAUCCAUGGCAUCAACUCGGUGCUGAUGUUCGUGCUGUUGCUGACGUCACAGCACCCCUUCUACCUUCUCCACUUCUACCAGGCGCUGGCCUUCGCACUCGUCUAUAUGGUUUUUAGCAUCAUUUACUUCUUCUCCGGAGGCCUCAGCCCGAUUGGCGAAAGGUGGAUUUAUCCGAUGAUAGACUGGUCCGAUCCCGGUCCCACUGUGGGGAUUAUAUUUGUGUGUGCUGCCGGGCUCAUUAUAAUGCAUUCCCUCGUGGCCCUACUCACUGUCUGCAGGGACUACAUCUCUAAGAAAUACGUGCGAAACAUGAAUUCCAUGACCAUAGCCCCUUAA